AUGGCGGCCAAAGAGGAGGUGCCCAUACCCGAGCCAAGAGGUCUUCCCUUUCUCGGCCACAUUGCCGAAUUCAAUCCUGAAAAUCCUUUGAACGACUUGCAUCGUUUGGCUGAUACGUAUGGCGAGGUUUACCGGCUGCGCAUGCCAGGGCUGACUGUGGUUUUCGUUUCCACAAAUGCCCUCGUCAACGAAGUGUGCGAUGAAAGUCGCUUCCAAAAGUCUUUGAACAAUGUUCUCCGUGAAGUCAGACAUGUCGCCAACGAUGGCCUCUUCACCGCUAAACCAGAUGAACCCAACUGGGGCAUCGCCCACAGAAUCUUAAUCCCAGCCUUCGGCCCCGUCACCAUUCGCGGCAUGUUUGAUGAGAUGGCCGAUGUCGCCUCCCAAAUGGCCAUGAAAUGGGCCCGCCACGGUAGCCAGACCCCGAUCCGCGUUACUGACGACUUCACUCGCCUGACACUCGACACCAUCGCCCUCUGCUCCAUGGACUUCCGCUUUAACUCGUACUACCGCGAGGAGCUUCACCCCUUCAUCAGCGCCAUGGGCGACGCCCUCAUAGAAUGCGGCAACAGGGACAAGAGGCCCGCGUUUGCCAACUACUUUUUCCGCAGCGCCGAGCAGAAAUUCUUUGCCGAUAUCGACCUGUUGCGCAAGACGGCGAGAGAGGUGCUCGAAGCGCGGAAAGAGAACCCCUCUGAGAGGAAGGACUUGUUGUCUGCCAUGUUGAAUGGCGUGGAUCCCAAGACGGGCCAGAAGAUGACCGAUGCCAGCAUCAUUGAUAACUUGAUCACCUUUCUUAUUGCCGGCCACGAGACAACUUCCGGCAUGUUGUCGUUUGCGUUUUUCGAGCUUUUGCGGCAGCCGGCGGCAUAUCGAAAGGCGCAACAGGAGGUUGACGAUGUUGUUGGACGAGGCCCAAUCACGAUCGAUCACCUUUCCAAGUUGCCUUAUUUGAAUGCUGUCCUCCGUGAGACCCUCCGCCUCUGUGCUACCAUUCCCGCAUUCGCCGUCGAAGCCAAGGAAGACACUCUCAUCGGCGGUAAAUACCCCGUCAAGAAGGGCGAGUCCAUUGCCUGCCUGCUCGGCAAAUCCCAGCUCGACCCCAUCGUUUACGGCGACGAUGCCGGCGAAUUCAAGCCCGAGAGAAUGCUCGACGAAAACUUUGAGCGAACUCAAAGGGAAUUCCCCAACUCGUGGAAGCCCUUUGGCAACGGCAUGCGCGCUUGCAUCGGCCGGCCUUUCGCCUGGCAAGAGGCUCUACUGGCCACAGCCAUGCUGCUGCAGAACUUCAACUUCACCAUGGACGACCCGAGUUAUCAGCUUAAGAUUGCCGAGUCCCUUACGAUCAAGCCGAAGGACUUUUCCAUGCGUGCCACCCUGAGACAUGGAAUGAGUCCCACAGAACUAGAGCAUCGGCUUGCCGGCAGGGGUGCAAGUAAGGCCAAGCUCACUCAUCGGCCUUCACCGUCGGCCCAGGCGAACGGGCACAAGACUGCCCAAAGAAGCGGGAAACCCAUCAGCAUCUACUAUGGCUCCAACAGUGGCACAUGCGAGGCUCUCGCGCAGCGCCUUGCUACAGACGCGAGCUUCCACGGGUUUGACGCAACGGUCGUAGAGCCUCUUGAUACCGCCCGAGAACGUCUUGCCAAGGACCAGCCCGUGGUUAUCAUCACUGCCUCAUACGAGGGCCAACCGCCGGACAACGCAGCCCACUUUGUCGCCUGGCUCGAGAGCCUAAAGGGCCAGGAGCUGCAAGAUGUUCCGUAUGCUAUCUUUGGCUGUGGACACCACGACUGGGUGCAGACCUUCCACCGCAUUCCGAAGCUGGUUGAUAACACCUUGGAGGAACGUGGAGGCAGCAGACUUGUGCCCAUGGGUCUCACUGACGCAGCCGAGCGAGACAUGUUCUCCGACUUUGAAGUCUGGGAGGACGAGAUCCUUUGGCCGGCUCUAGCGGAUAAGUACGACGUGGCCGAGGCGCAGGAUGGGGGCGGUCUGCAAUCUGGUCUCGCCGUGCAAAUAUCCAACCCGCGGACGUCGACGCUGCGUUCUGAUGUCCAGGAGGCCAUCGUCUCCGAGGAGAAGACACUAACCUCGCCCGGCGAGCCGGAGAAGAGGCACAUGGACAUCCAGCUUCCAUCAAACAUGACGUAUCGAGCUGGCGACUACCUCGCAGUGCUGCCUCUCAACCCGCGCAGCAACGUCGAGAGGGUGUUUCGGAGGUUCCAGCUGGCGUGGGAUGCGUGCCUGACCAUCUCUGGCGACAAGCGAACUGCCUUGCCGGUCAACCAGGCCAUAUCGGCACUGGAUAUCCUUAGCGCGUACGUGGAACUCGCGCAGCCGGCGACAAAGCGGAAUAUCCUGUCCCUGAUGGAGGCGACGCGGGACGAGGACGCCAUCAAGAUGCUUGAGCAGCUCGCCGGGGAUGAGUACCAGGAGGAAAUUACGCAGAAACGCGUCACGGUGCUGGAUCUCCUGGAGAGGUUCCCGUCCAUCGCGCUGCCCAUUGGUGCCUUUCUCGCCAUGCUCCCGCCCAUGCGCGUACGACAAUACUCAAUCUCAUCCUCCCCCCUCCGCAGCCCCUCCCAGGCAACCCUUACCUACUCCGUCCUCGACUCUCCCUCGCUAUCAGGCCAAGGCCGCCACGUCGGCGUAGCAACAAGCUAUCUCGCUGCCCUGAAAGCGGGCGACAAACUUCACGUCGCUGUGCGGCCCUCGCACGCCGCUUUUCACCUACCGCGCGACCCGGAAAAGACGCCGCUGAUUAUUGUGGCUGCUGGGUCCGGCAUCGCGCCCUUCCGCGGUUUUAUCCAGGAGCGUGCUGCGAUGCUGGCUGCGGGACGAACGCUCGCGCCCGCGUUGUUGUUUUUCGGGUGUCGGAGACCGGGCGCGGAUGAUUUGUACCGCGAUGAAUUUGAUGCGUGGGAGGAGAUGGGUGCUGUCUCUGUUAGGAGGGCGUAUUCUCGCGCUGGUGCUGAAGGGGAAAAGCAAGGCAAAGAGGAGAGUGGAGGGUGUCGGUACGUACAGGACAAGAUGUACCACGAUAAAAAGGAUAUAUCGGAGCUGUGGGCUAGGGGAGCCAAGUUGUUUGUGUGCGGUACGAGGAAUGUGGGAAAGGCUGUUGAGGAGGCUUGUGUGAGGGUGAUUUUGGAGUCUGCGAAGGAGGACGGGGGUGAGGGGCUUCCUGAGUUGAGGGAUCUGGAUUAUGAAGGGGCGAGGAAGUGGUUUGAGGGGAUUCGGAAUGAGAGGUAUGCUACGGAUGUGUUUGAUUAA